GUCAUUGCAUCACCAAGCAUUUGAAGUAGAAAGAGGCCUGAAAGAAGAAUUGGCUGAACUGCAGAGUAAACUGGACUCAGAAUUGAGUGCUCUUGAGAAACAAAAAGAUGCUAAAAUCACCCAAGAAGAAGAGAAAUACGAAGCUAUUUUCCAGAAACUUGAAAAAGACAAAGAGGAAUGUGUCACGAGGCACGAACAGGACCGAGACCAGCUGAUUCAGAGGCUUAAUUGUGAAAAAGAGGCAGCUAUUGAGACUGCCCGUAAAGAAAUGAACUUGGAAAGAGAAGCUGUUGAGAAGGAGUUGUUAGAAAAAUUUAAACAUCUUAAGAGUCAAAUAGCAAAAAUCAUACCAUUGAAUCUACCAAAGAAGAUUCUUCAAGCCUAGUCGCUGAACUUCAAGAAAAGCUCCAGGAAGAAAAAGCUAAGUUUCUAGAACAACUUGAAGAACAGGAGAAAAGAAAAAACGAAGAAAUGCAGAAUGUGCGAACAUCUUUGAUUGCUGAACAACAGACCAAUUUUAAUACUGUUUUAACAAGAGAGAAAAUGAGAAAAGAGAACAUAAUCAGUGAUCUCAGUGACAAGCUAAAAAGCACGAUGCAGCAGCAAGAGUGGGACAAAGAUUUGAUCGAGUCCCUGUCCGAGGACCACGCGCGCUUGCUGGAGGAGAAGAAGAGGUUGGAGGAGGAGGUCAGCCGGCUGCGGGGCGGCGGGCCUGUCCCCUCCCCGGGGGUGGCCACCGCCCCCGAGCUGUAUGGGGCCUGUGCGCCCGAGCCCCCGGUGGAGGCCCCGGAUGCCCUCGGCGAAGGCAGGCUGGACUCAGCACUGGAGACCAGCAUGAUGUCUGUCCGAGAAAACGUCCACAUGCUCUCUGAAGAAAGGCAGAGGAUAAUGCUGUUGGAACGAACACUACAGUUGAAAGAAGAAGAAAACAAGCGGUUGAAUCAGAGACUGAUGUCUCAGAGCAUGUCCUCCGUAUCCUCAAGGCAUUCGGAAAAGAUAGCUAUUAGAGAUUUUCAGGUGGGAGAUCUGGUCCUCAUCAUCCUGGACGAACGCCAUGACAAUUACGUGCUCUUCACCGUGAGUCCCACCUUGUACUUCCUGCACUCGGAGUCGCUGCCUGCCCUGGACCUCAAACCAGGUGAGGGGGCCUCAGGUGCAUCUCGAAGACCAUGGGUCCUUGGAAAAGUGAUGGAGAAGGAGUACUGUCAGGCCAAAAAGGCACAAAACAGAUUUAAAGUUCCUUUGGGGACAAAGUUUUACAGAGUGAAAGCUGUGUCAUGGAAUAAGAAAGUAUAAUUUAUGGAAGAAAUUGAGGCAUUCUGUGACGUUUUUCUGAUCUGUCCCAACAGUGCUCAUUCAUCACUCAAAAAACAGGCCAUCUUUUUAUAUACAAGUCAACACGACAGCAUACUUCUUUAGUGUAUAUAAUUUACUUUUUACCUGGCUACAUUUUAGGAACAAU